UAAAACACGCGUACAUCUGUUGGGGAUUUGUGCAGUUAUUCGGAGGAGGGGGAUAGGUUCCAGGGUUGUUAUGUUUAGCAGUGUGUUGGUGAUCAAGAGAAUCAAUGUGAUCAAAUUAUUUCUGAGAACAACAACAAAAUCCUUCCACAGAACUAUGGCCGGACGGACACAGAAAGUUCUGAAUGUCGCCGAGAAAAACGACGCAGCGAAGGCGAUAGCAGACGUACUGUCUAAUGGCAGGUACCGCAGACGAGAAGGCUUCUCCAAGUUCAACAAGAUCUACGAGUUUGAGUUCAACAUUCUGAACAAGCAGAGCUCCAUGUCCAUGACCUCCGUGUCAGGUCACCUCCUAGAACUGGACUUCAAGGGCAGCUACCAAAAAUGGCACAGCUGUCAGCCUGUGGCCUUGUUUGAUGCAGGUGUGGAGAAACACUGCCCUGAUCAGUUUAAGGACAUCAAGCGGACGCUGGAACGAGAGGCUAGGCAGUGUCAGGUGCUGGUGAUAUGGACGGACUGUGAUCGGGAGGGAGAGAACAUCGGGACUGAGGUGAUCGAUGUUUGUAAGGCAGUCAAACCGAACAUCAGAAUCUACCGUGCUCGCUUUUCUGACUUCACACCUCAGUCAAUAAUAUCCGCCUGUUGCAACCUUGUACAACCAGACUAUCGGUCAUCGGAUGCUGUGAACGUGCGAUCGGAGCUGGACCUUAGAAUCGGUGCCGCCUUCACACGAUUCCAGACGCUCAGGCUGCAGAAGAUCUUUCCCAAUGUCCUCAGUGAUCAGGUCAUUAGCUAUGGCAGCUGUCAGUUCCCCACGCUAGGUUUUGUUGUGGAGCGGUACAAGGCAAUACAGAACUUCAUCCCAGAAAUGUUCCACAAAUUGAAGGUCUCCCACGAGACAGAGGACGGCAGGGUGGACUUCAACUGGAAGCGUAACCGUCUGUUCAACCAUACGGCAUGUCUUGUUCUGUACCAGAUUGUGAUGGAAAACCCGAUUGCCCGAGUGAUCAGUGUUAACAGUCGUCCGAAGAGCAAGUGGAGACCACAGCCUUUAGAGACUGUGGAACUUGAGAAGUUGGCAUCUCGGAAGCUGAGAAUCAACGCCAAGGAAACCAUGAAGAUAGCAGAGAAGUUGUACAACCAGGGUUUCAUCAGCUACCCCCGUACUGAGACCAACAAGUUCUCCAAGGACACAGACCUGCAGGGUCUGGUGCAGCUGCAGACAGUGGACCCAGACUGGGGAGGGUUUGCUGCAGGGGUGCUGCAGAGGGGACCCAACCCACGCAAUGGAAACAAGACUGAUAAUGCCCAUCCUCCCAUUCAUCCGACAAAAUAUACUGAUAAUCUACAGGGUAACGAGAAGAGACUGUACGAGUUCAUAGUUCGGCACUUUCUGGCCUGUCUGUCUCAAGAUGCACAGGGACAAGAGACAACAGUAGAGAUAGACAUCAAUGGAGAGAAGUUCACUGCACAAGGCCUGAUGAUCAUUGCCAGAAACUACCUUGAUGUUUAUCCCUAUGACAAGUGGAAUGCAAAGGUAAUCCCAGUGUUUAACCAGGGAGAAACCUUCCAGCCUUCAGCAAUUGAGAUGCUCCAGGGACAGACCAGCCCCCCUCCCUUGCUGACUGAGGCUGAUCUGAUUGCCUUGAUGGAUAAACAUGGGAUCGGCACAGAUGCCACCCAUGCUGAACACAUAGAGACGAUCAAGUCCAGGAUGUAUGUGGGUGUCCAACAGGAUGGCAGAUUUGUGCCCGGGGAACUUGGCAUGGGGCUCGUGGAAGGCUAUGAUGCCAUGGGUUAUGAGAUGUCUAAACCCCAUCUGAGGGCAGAGCUAGAGGCUGACUUGAAGCUCAUCUGUGAAGGAAGGAAAGACCCUAAAGUUGUGCUAGCAGAGCAGGUACAAAAGUACAAGCAGGUGUUCAUUGAGGCUUGUGCACAGGCCCUGAAAUUAGAUGAGGCUCUUGGAACCUACUUUGGAGAAGCACAACCCUUUGCAGAACAAGAUAUGAACCCAGUCCAGGUGUCCCCCCCUGUCCGCCCCUGUCCCCAGUGUGGAGAGAGCAUGGUCAUCAAGACACGCAAGGACGGCGGGCUGAUGUUGAGUUGCAUGGGUUACCCCGACUGCCGAGCUGUUGCCUGGUUCCCUGCUAACGUUCUUGAGGCGACACGUGAUGAAGCCAUUUGCACAAGGUGUCAGCCUGGACCAGUUCACAAGAUCAAGUUUAAGUUCAAGAGGGGGUCUGUUCCACCCAUUAUUCCUCUGGAUUACUUAGGCUGUAUUGGUGGUUGUGAUGAGACUGUAUGUGAGCUGUUCAACCUGAACUACCUCCGGCCUCAGCAACAGCAGCACCGUGGUGCUGGUGGUGGUGGUCGAGGCCGACCUGUCCAACCGAGCCGUGGAGAUGCUGGAAGAGGGAGGGGCAACACCAGAGGGAAUGGCCCAUCACCUCCUAGAGGGGGUGGAAACAAUGGUGGUCCAUUUCCCCCAAGAGGAGGCGGUGGUAUUGCCAGGGGGAAUGCUCCUGGUGUUGCCAGAGGGGGAAGUAACGAUAGAAGGAACAAUAGAGGUGCUGGCAACACCAGAGACUUUCACACUGGUAACCAGAGCAAUAUGGGCUUUCUUGGUGUUGGAGACUCAGGACGCACUCCCCUUGGAGCUGUGCAAAGUUCUGGUGAUGGCAAUGCUGUGGUGUGUAUCUGUGGGCAGAACGCCAGGCUACUGACAGUCCGGAAGGAGGGAAACAACUGUGGUCGACAGUUCUACAAGUGCAGCCGUAUGGACAACCCCUGUGACUUCUUCCUCUGGGCUGAUGACAACGCACCAUCCGCAGGGGAUGCCUUCAGUGUGGGUUCCAACAACAGUUACAACAGCAACAAUCACAACAACAGAAGUACCUACAAUGCCAGAGGGGAUGGUGGCAAUGGCAACUUUAACAACCAGCCUGGAUUUGGGGACAGACAGAGCCACUCAUCGGGAGAUGGAUUUGGAGGAGAUGGUUUUGAUGGAGAUGUUCCACAAUGUAACUGUGGGCAGCCUAGUGUGACGAGAACGGUGCAGAAGGAGGGCAACAACAAGGGCCGGCAGUUCCACACCUGUGUGAAGCCCAGGGGUGAGCAGUGUGGAUUCUUCCAGUGGGCAGAUGCACCUGAUAACAGUGGGGCAGGAGACGGCUUCAGAGGAGGUUUUCAGGGAGCAACGGGUCGAGGACGGGGCAGCCGGGGAGGUCGAGGGCGUGGCAGGGGUAACCGUAGCAACAGCAGUGAUGGAGACUGGGAUCAGGAAAACUCCAGGAAGAGGAAGCCUCCGAAGUGUGGUGCCUGUGGGGAAAUAGGUCACACCAAACGUGGAUGUCGCAACAAAGAGUUCUGAUGUGGUCAGCUGCUGCAUGGACAGGCCUGUGGGAUUAACACUUGUCUGUUUGGAGACAUGGCCUAGUCAGGCCCACUACAGUUAGCAGGAGUUUCUGUAUUUGUCAGGGACUUGUGGAAUUAGCAUCAUGAUAGAUAAACAUGUAUGAAAAACUACAUGAAACAGCUCACUGAAAUGUAAUAUAAAUUAUAGUAGGAAUUUUUAAAAAGUAAUUGCAGUAUUUCCUAUAAUGAGAGAUGAUAAAGCAUUAAUAAGAAACUUGAUGCAGCUGAAACAUUUUGACAUUUUUUAUUUCUUUUCAUUUCAUGCAGUUACCCCUUUACGGUUUAAUAUGGAUAGUCCUUACCUGGCCUAUUGUGUAAGGUGCCAUAUUGCCCUCUAUUCAUAUAAUAUCCCAUUUCCUGAAAAAAAGUGUACAAAAUGCUUCACCAUUGGCCCUCUUGAAUAUUUAAACACACAGAUUUAGAUAACUGGAGAUGAGUUAUCUUGUCAAUCAUGCCUGCCAGACAUGGCAUUAUGUCAUACAUCAUCUCUUUCAUAACAACACCUUUUGUCAUUCUCUUCUAUAUGCUUCUACAGGCAUUGUUAAUGGCCACUUCCUGUCAUUCAUAUUUCAUUACAUUUUGACAGGUAGACAAUGGGAAAACUAUAUUAGAAACAGUGUUAUCAUGCUGUUGAUUAUACUUCAUUUGCCUUAGGAGGAGGAAAAAUGAUGAGUUCCUAAUUGUAUUUAUAGGAAAGCAGAGCUUUGACUUACAGACAUUAUAACCAUUUUGCUUGUUCAAGUUCAGAAGUUAUUCUUGUAGAAAUGUUCAGCUUCCUAAUGAUGAUGAAUGCUACAGUCAGUGACAUGUGAAUGAGUAGAGUUAAAUAUAUGUGUAUGAAGGACAUGCUGAUCUCCCCACUUAUACUUGACACCUGCUGCAAUCUGUAUGGAAAGACUUUAUAUAAUGGCACUACAAUUAUUCUGGCUUGCCGCGAAACCUGAAGAUAGUGGCUGGAGACAAGAGAUCAAACGUCUAUACUCUAUGAUUUUAUAUUGUUUAUGGUUAUUUAAAAUGUUAUUGAAAUUACAAAGUAAGGUUACCCUACUUAAAGCGUUUGAGAUAUGUAACUGUUUCAGUUUUUGUUCUGUUUGACAAUAAUUGCAAUAUUCAAGACUACAGAAUAAAUGUGUAACAUUUGCACGUGUUAAGACACUGAA